GUCCCAAAUGUAAGAGAAGAAAACACAAUCGUGAGGGGCUCGUGGAGGCGCACAGACACCGAGCAGGGCGGGUUGAGUCUAUAAGGUUCUCAUGUGUUAUUUAAGAGCGCAGCGGCGCUCGAGCGCUGUUCAUUGCUGAAACCAGACAGCGUUUGAAAGACUGUAGAUCUGAUCCGAAAGAGAGAGAUGGCAGAAACUGCUCCAGCCCCGGCUGCUGCCGCCCCGGCCAAAGCGCCCAAGAAGAAGUCUGCUGCGAAAGCCAAGAAAGCAGGUCCAGGCGUCGGUGAGCUCAUCGUCAAAGCUGUGUCUGCAUCCAAGGAGAGGAGCGGCGUGUCCCUCGCCGCCCUGAAGAAAGCUAUCGCCGCCAGCGGCUACGACGUGGAGAAGAACAACUCCCGCGUCAAGAUCGCCAUCAAGAGCCUGGUGACUAAAGGCACCUUGGUGCAGGUCAAAGGGACCGGCGCUUCGGGCUCAUUCAAGCUCAACAAGCAGAAAGCCGAGACCAAGAAGAAGCCGGCCAAGAAAGCGGCUCCUAAAGCGAAGAAGCCCGCGGCCAAGAAACCCGCUGCUGCCAAAAAGCCCAAGAGCGCAGCGGCAAAGAAGCCCGCCGUGAAGAAGUCACCCAAGAAGGCCAAGAAACCCGCCGCCACAGCCGCUAAGAAGGCGACGAAGAGCCCCAAGAAGGCAAAGAAACCAGCAGCCGCUAAGAAAGCAGCCAAGAGCCCCAAAAAGGCCAAGGCGGCUAAACCUAAGGCGGCAAAGCCUAAAGCCGCCAAGCCUAAAAAGGCAGCGCCCAAAAAGAAAUAAAGUCUUUACUGUUUUUCCUCAACGGCUCUUUUAAGAGCCACCCACUACCUCUGAAUAAAGAGCAAAACUCUGAUGUUAA